AUAUAAUUGAAGAACAAAGCCAAAAAAGCUUAUCAUCUCACCCAACCACUCCCAAAAAUUCGGCCACACACUCUCAAGGAGGAGGAGGAGCUCUGAAAAUAUCAUCCUCCAUAGCCAUGAACCGAGCUCAUGUUUGAAGGAGGUUCAAGGAAGAAGAAAAGCUUGGAAAAGAAGAGAAAAACUUAGUAAAAUUAAGGAAUUUUACCAAGGUAUUCUAGACUUCUCAAGGAACCUAGGAGUGGCCGGAAAGUCGCCGGAGCCGCCGGAGUUUUCGCCGGAAAAUUCAAAAGUCACCGGAGUUCAAACAAAGAAGAUAAAAGCUUGCUAGCGCCAUUUCAAGGUUGAAGCUAGAGCUUACUUCCUGCACCCGUUGCUCGGGAGAUCGAUGGAGAGAAGACGUGGAAUGGGUGGUAGUGAUAGGGCGGUUCGAGGAAAUCCGAGAGGGCGCGGACCGGGGAUAGCCGGGCAAGCCAAUCGGGGGAUAUCAAGGUCGCGUAAAAGGCGAGGUAUGGGCAACCAAGGCCCACAAACACGAGCCGCGAUGGCUGAUCACAAUGUGACUGAAUUCGAGUCGUGGAACUCGGAGGAUGACUCAACUUAUCAGCCUGAAAGUGAGUCUGAAGAAACUUCUUUUGAAGGAAAUGAUGGAGAGGAUAUGCACAGUAUUCCUCCUGAUCAGAUUAGUGAGAUGUACCGAUGGUACCAGCGGGAAAGGGAAAGGCAACGACAGAGAUCCCAGAUGGGACAUGUCAGAGACGACACCUCUCGCAGGAGGGGUCGGGGUGCUCAUAGAGUACAGGUUAAGACAAUUAGAGAUUCUGAUGGUGAAGGACCAUUCAUUAAGAUCUCAAAGUACCUCAAAGAGGCUAGGGCCUUGGGGUGCAAACCGUUUGAUGGGACGGGGGAUAUCUCGGAAGCGGCCGAGUGGAUAAAAAGGUUAAAUGAUGCAGCCGAUGACAUGCAAGUGGUCCCUGAUCGGAAGUUAAGGGUAGCCACUAGAUUGUUGGAAGGUUUAGCUUCUACUUGGUGGGAAGGCAUCAAGGGUAAGUUCGACGGAGUUGUCACGUGGGACAACUUCGAGCAAUCAUUCUAUGAACAGUUUUAUACCUCUUUCGAAGUUAAUCGAAAGAGGAGGGAAUAUACAAAUCUCAAGCAGGGCAAUGAGUUUACGGUAAAGCAAUUAGAACAAAGGUUCCGACAUUUGGCAAGGUUCUUGCCUGAAUAUGCCACCAAUGAGGAUCGAAUGGCGAACCAUUUUUGGAAUGCACUGAAUUUGGAGGUACGCGAAAGGGCGACCUAUCAAUUCAACAUGACUUUUAGUCAAGUAGUAGCCCAGGGUCUCCAGGGGGAGGAGCUUUGGGAGGAAAGGCAAGCAAGGGGUGCUAAGGAAGCACAAGAAAGGGAUCAGAUGAUCAAUCAUCCUCUGCGACGAGAGAGGAAGUAUGACUUUCAAAACGAGGGGGACUCUAGCAAGUUAGUUCCAUUUUCAAAAGGGAGCAAGGACUGGGUAAGUCAAAGCUCAAGCACUCGGGGCACGGGAGCACCCAAAUGUGAGAAUUGUAGGCGAAAGCACUACGGGAUAUGUCUAGAACCAUCUAGAUGCUACUUUUGUGGAGAAACGGGCCACAUAAAGGCUCUUUGUCCUCAACGUGUACGGGGAGGAGCCUUGGGGGCCCACAGGGGAGUCACGGAGGUUGCAAACCCAACAGGGAUUGUUUCAAAUGUUUUACCAUCCACCAAUCGGGGAAGAACUCGUUCGUGAAGGCAAUGAAUGACAGAAGCCAUUUGUGGGAAUGACUAUGACAUAAGGUAAUAUUAAUUUAAACCCUUCAUUUCAAAAAAAAUUGAUGUUGAAAAUGGUUAGCUUCAAUUAAUGAAGGGGGGAGUGUUUCUCAAGGUUAAGACGCUAAUUUCGGGGACGAAAUUCCUGUAAGGGGGGGUGAACUUGUAACACCGGACCCGAAUUUUACCCAGAUAAAUUUUUUUUCGUAAAGUACUUGGUUAAAGAAGGUAAAACAAGACUAAGGGUAGUCUUGAUAAAUGAGGAAGUAAAAAUUUUGUCUUAAAUUAAUAAAGGGUUAUUAAUUUAGAUGUGGGGAGCACUCAUGAUAUUUCGAGUUUAUAAAAUAUUAAUGUUUAUCAAAAUGAUACUAUUAUGAUAGUAGGAAUGGGUCGUGGACCCCAUUGUUAUAAAGAGCGACAACUGGACGGCCGAGCGGGCCAGGGCCACUAUUCGAUAGUGGGGAGUCCUUAACUAUCGGACUGUCAAUAAUUCGUAGGACUACGAAUUUAUAACAGAAGAAAUAUAAACAUUCUAAGAAACCAAAAUAAUGGGAUGAAUAAUAUUGAUUAACUUGGUAUAUUAAAGGAUGGUACUUUUGGAGGACCCUACCUUAAAGAUAUUUUAUUUUGGGAACAAACAGAUAAGAUUUUAUCUGUUUUUACAUUUGGGAUCACUUAAAAAGAUGUGUAGCAUUUUAUUAAAAUGUCACAAAAUAUCAAUACACAUAUUGAGUCAUGAGAAAUUGCUAAUGAAUUUACGAGAUGACGCGUUCUCAUUUUUACUGUUACUUGAACAGUAAAAUACACGUUGGGCCCACACGUGAGUGACGACCAUCCGAUAUUUACGGACCACAUAUUAUAUUCAUCUUGGUCUAGAUAAUAUUUAUAUGAGUUUGUAAAUAAAUUGAGCCAUAAAGUUGGCCUUUCGAUCAAACGAGGUCCCAUUACCGGUAUAGGUAAUUAAACAGAUAACAGCCCGAAAUUAAUUUCGGCGACCACGAAAUUAAAGUGGGAUAAUAUAUAUUCAUUCUAAAGGCCAAUAUUAAUUGGAAGAAUGAUAUAUAUUUUAUUUGACCCGAUAAAAUGAAAUUUAAUUAAAACAGUCCAGAAAAUACAACUUUCGGGGCCGAAUGUACACUUCGGGACUUAAAGGGAUGACCUCCCACAUGGGUGGGGGCCACCCCACGAUUUUGUCAAUCAAAUAACUCUGGAUUGACUCAUGUUGGGGCUGUGAGACAAAGGAAAAUGGGGGAAGGACCAAACAUAAUGUGCAAUGGGACCAUUUCCCAUAUAAUUGAAGAACAAAGCCAAAAAAGCUUAUCAUCUCACCCAACCACUCCCAAAAAUUCGGCCACACACUCUCAAGGAGGAGGAGGAGCUCUGAAAAUAUCAUCCUCCAUAGCCAUGAACCGAGCUCAUGUUUGAAGGAGGUUCAAGGAAGAAGAAAAGCUUGGAAAAGAAGAGAAAAACUUAGUAAAAUUAAGGAAUUUUACCAAGGUAUUCUAGACUUCUCAAGGAACCUAGGAGUGGCCGGAAAGUCGCCGGAGCCGCCGGAGUUUUCGCCGGAAAAUUCAAAAGUCACCGGAGUUCAAACAAAGAAGAUAAAAGCUUGCUAGCGCCAUUUCAAGGUUGAAGCUAGAGCUUACUUCCUGCACCCGUUGCUCGGGAGAUCGAUGGAGAGAAGACGUGGUUCGUGCUUCCUCUCGUUCCAUUUUUAAAUAAUUAAAUAAUGCUCAUGGAACUAUUUUGACUUAUAAAUUAAUGGAGCCUGCGAGCUCUUGUUUUACCCUUGUGUGGGUUCUUAUUAAAAAACUUAUAUUCCGCUAUGUGUUUGAUUGUAUGUUGAUGUUGUUAUGUAUGUUUACUAAUCGGUUUUGGCAUAUGUAUCUAUCGGACGUCUUGUGCAAUUCGGUAAGGAUGAACUGCGGUUAUUCUUAUUGGGUUGUACGACGGUUGUCCACGUGGCACAGACGCGGUCUGGGGCGUGACAAGCCCCAAAGGGCGACACUUGGCGGAUGUGCGUCGAUUACUCGGACCUCAACAAAGCUUGUCCGAUGGACCCUUACCCUGUCCCGAGGAUCGACCUGCUGGUGGAUGAAACAGCAGGCUGUGAGCUGCUCAGCUUCAUGGACGCAUUCAGGGGCUACCAUCAGGUGUUCAUGCACCCCGAUGAUGCCGAAAAAACGGCGUUCGUUACGGCGGACGGCGUGUAUUGCUACAUCGUCAUGCCGUUCGGCCUGAGGAACGCCAUGGCUACUUUUCAGAGGAUGAUUGGGAUGUUGUUCAAGGACGUACUUGGAAAGACAAUGGAAGCUUACGUGGAUGACAUCCUGAUCAAAAGCAAGAAAAAGGAGGAUCAUGUCCAGGACAUGGAGAGGGUCUUCAGCAUCAUGGAGAAGGCCAGCAUGAGGCUCAAUCCGAAGAAAUGUGCUUUCGCCGUCAGGGGCGGCAAGUUCCUCGGCUACAUGAUGAGCGAGCGGGGGAUCGAGCCUAACCCGGAGAAGGUGAAGGCGAUUAUGGACAUGGAGGCCCCAAAGAACCUAAAAGACGUGCAGCGGCUCACCGGGCGUCUGGCGGCCCUGAGCAGAUUCUUAUCCAAGCUGGAUGAUAAGGCGAUUCCCUUUUUUCAGAUCAUGAAGAAGGCCAAUCCCUUUCAAUGGACCCCGGAGUGCCAAACUGCUUUCGAAGAUUUCAAGGUAUAUCUCUCCUCCCCGCUCGUUCUCACCAAGGCAGAUCCCGGGGAGAGAUUAUACAUGUACUUGGCAGUAGCCGAUCUGGCCGUAAGUUCCGUGCUGCUGAAGGAAUCUGAAGGCGUUCAGCGGCCAAUAUACUUUGUGAGUAAGGCGCUGAACGGUCCCGAGACGAGGUACACACUGAUGGAAAAGACGAUCCUCGCCUUGAUUGCAUCCAUCAAGCGCCUGGCACCAUAUUUCCAAGCACACCCGGUGACUAUCUACACGACGCAGCCCCUCGCCACAGUCCUCAGGAACCCAAUGGCAAGCGGAAGGAUAACGAAGUGGUCCUUGAUGAUCGGCCAGUAUGACGUGGACUUCAAGCCGAGGCCGACGAUCAAAGGGCAGGCUCUGGCGGACUUCAUUGCGGAAUGCACCGCGCGCACCGAGGACGGAACCCAUGACAACAAUGACUUUGACGAUUGGUGGGAGAUGUACACCGAUGGGGCCUCGAGUGCGCGGGGCUGCGGCGGAGGAGCAGUGAUCACUUCCCCCGAAGGUUUCAAGGCCUACUACUCUAUGAAAUUUGAGUUCAAGGUCACCAACAACGAGGCUGAAUACGAGGCGCUUAUCGCAGGGCUGAAAUGCGCGAAAGCCCUCGGAGCAGCUCGCCUGAAGGUGAGAAUGGACAGCCAGCUGGUGGUAACCCAGAUGAACGGCACUGCAGAAACCAGGGAAGAGAGAAUGAAGGUCUACAAUGUGACACCGCACCCGAUUGUACUUGAAAUUUAAAGAGGAUAUGAAUUUGAAUUUCCUGACAAACACAAUUCAUAUAAUUGAUUGGCAUAUUUAAUUAAUGCAUGAUUAAUUAAAUUAUAUAUCAGG